GCCGCAUAUCGUCGCAGCAGUCGGCAAACAGCAUCGUUUACACAUGGAACACAUGGUUUAAAACCAUCAAAAACGAACAUCUAAAGAGCAAUCCAUGAUUAAUUUACAUGUAAAAGUGGCGACGGAAAUAAGAAUGCCAGAGCGAAGGAAGAAUCGCGAGGGACAGUAGGAGAGGAUAAUAUAAAAUACACAUGUAUGUACGGUGUGGCGCUGUGGUGAAACUGGCGACGUCGUCCCGUGCCCCUUUAUUAAUAGCGACGUGGGCUCAGAGAUCGACUCGUGCCCAACAUAAUAUAUAGAUAAGUGCAUUGAAAUUUUUGUCGGUUUAAGUGUUUCUGUUUCCUUUGCUGUUAUUUUCGUUUGGUGAGCGGUGUCGCGGUGAUUUGCGCCAGUCUUCCAUCGACAUAGAACGGUUCUGGUGCGAGUUUAGUGACUUGAUCAUCCAGAAGAUCGUCAGUCGGAGAGACUGACCUCGGCGAAGACAUAACCGCAGUGCGCAGUGUGCGAAAUCAAUGAAGGAUUUGGCCAGUGCCACGAACACCAUCAACAAAACAUAUCCAGUGUGCAUUAACAAGGAACUCCCAAUUGAAUUGAGUAUUUGUUGGGGAUAAUAAACGAGGAAGAGGAGGCGUCUAGAUUGAUCGAAGUAGAAAGCGCCGAUGUCGGUGUGGUGAUGGGUGGAGGCGGUAUGUGGAGUGGCGGUGGACGGUGACGGCGACGUGACCUUGAGGAAUGUUCAUCCCCGACACGUUGCGCAGCUGCAUGGUGGAGCCCGAUGUGUCCUCGUACCUCCAGACGCCGUCCUCGGGACAGGACGAGUUCCAUCCAUUUAUUGAGGCUCUGCUGCCUUUCGUCAAGUCCUUUUCUUACACAUGGUUCAACCUACAAGCUGCCAAAAGAAAAUAUUACAAAAAACAUGAAAAACGAAUGUCCCUUGAGGAGGAACGACAAUGCAAAGAAACACUACAGAACGAAAAGGCCGAGGUCAAGCAAAAAUGGGCUUCACGAUUGCUGGGCAAGCUGCGGAAGGACAUCACGCAGGAAUGCAGAGAGGACUUCGUGCUGAGCAUAACGGGCAAACGUCCUGCAGUAUGCGUCCUAUCGAAUCCCGAUCAGAAAGGCAAAAUGCGCAGGAUAGAUUGUCUAAGGCAGGCCGACAAAGUUUGGCGUUUGGAUCUCGUAAUGGUGAUACUUUUUAAAGCGAUACCUCUUGAAAGCACUGACGGAGAGCGGCUCGAAAAAAAUCCGGACUGCUCUCAACCUGGUCUAUGUGUCAAUCCAUAUCAUAUUAAUGUUUCUGUCAGAGAGCUGGAUCUCUAUCUAGCCAACUUCAUCAAUAGUCACGAAAUUUUAAGCGGCGUUUGUUACAACAACAACAACAAAAAAGAAGAUGAGAGGAAAAAUAAAGUUACAGGAUACACCCACAAUCCUUACAAUGGUGUUAUAUGUAAUGACAUAAUAUUAGCAACAGGAGUAUUUUCUUCAAAGGAAUUAUGGAAGUUGUCAAAAUCUUCAAUUCUACACGAACUAUCCGACCCUCAACCCAACAUGAACAGCGUGAAACUAGAACAUCCUGCUUAUUAUUGCAACAAUUAUGCCGAACAGGGAGCCGUCAUAGACAAUAGAUCAUCAUCAGUUGAAGCUAUGGUAGCUUCAGCCACAUACUCAAUGCCUCAAAACACAACUUUGGUGUCUUCCAGUUCGCAAGCAAGCCCUAGCUCAAUGUUUUAUCAGCAUAGUCCAGAACCUCAGCAUCAUCAUCAAAACCAAGUCAAAUAUCCAGAGAAUGGGCACGAUACACUUUCAGAUUUUGUCACUUUUGUUUGUCAGGAAACCGAUAGUAACCAAAACGCACAGAUGCAAACUGGCUUAUCGCGAAGUCCAAAAUCACAAUACUUUCCGUCUACGAUGCUUCCUCCGCCACCAUUGCCGCCGAUGGCUCGUCCGGUGGCGAUAAUUCGAUCAACUGGCGAUGUGACGAUGAGCGGCACAAAUUCGCCGCCGGCGAGCAUAACGCCGCCAUGCAGCGAAACGUCGCCGGUCGACGAAGUACCGGAAAUAAGUUCGUCGCCUCCGCUGAGCCCGGGUAACCACGACCGAAGAAAAUCGCCGCUGCAAAGGAACUCGGUGCCUGUUAGCAGCCCGUACUCGCCGAGCAGGGACUACACGACGUUCAAUCACUUUCACGGCCAGCCGGGACAUCUUUUCAGCUACCCCAAUGUGACAGGGAUGUCUGGCGUUAUCAGUCCUACGAACCUCAGUAUGUAUUCAACCACCGUGAACACAUCGAGAGGUACCCCGCGUACUAGCAUACCCCGAUGGGGCACGUCUCUCCUAGCCUUGGACCAGGAUGACUUCACCAUCAUUCAUCCGAACACCGAGCCCAACGCCAUCAUCCUGAUGGACGACGGCACAGGUUCGGCGGCCACUUCUGCCGAACACACAGGACAAUGUUGUAACAGUGCUAACUUAAUGUGUGACGCGGAUAGGUUUUUUCAAGCUGGUGAUGCCUUAGAUAACACGACGAGUUCGGGACAGAGGGAUAACGAUCAGCUGCCCGCUCAAAAGUCGCCGUAAUACAACGAUAAACUGCCUUAUGAUCUUCUGCAGCUUUCUUGCCAAUUUAUGUGUGAUGUUUAUGUUGGAUUUUGAUAAUUUAAAACGCGUCUAACGCGAUAGAAGCUGCUCAAGUAGUCGACUCGAUUCGAUUUAGGUAGAAUACUUAAAUAAGUAUACCUACUCACUUCAUACGAAACACAAACUUGCUCUCUUCGACUCCUAUUUCAUACUUUUACUCGAAGACACCCAGUUUGUCAAGCACAAAAUUGACUAUUUACAAUAACGAUCUGAUAGAGUCAGUCAUUCGUUUAUUUCUACGUAUGCAUAACUUUAGCAAUAAAAAUAAAAGCAAAAGUGAUUGUUGUGAUAUUAAAGAGCACCAAAUAAUAGUGCACUUAUUUUAAAAAUGAGGUUUUAAAUUAAAAUCUCGAUUGAAUAAUAAGAUAACGAUUGCAAAUUGUCGAUUUUUGGCCGUGUGAACUCACUACCCUCAUUGAACCCGAAAACAAACUCCAUCAGAAAUCCAUACAUUGACACUAUGGCGGGUUAAUUUUUCAACCUCCAUUAUAUCUAUAAAUAUUUAUUUUACAGAAUGAAGUUUAAAACACAAUUAAAGAAAAGCCAGGGUAAAAUGUAAAGCAUGUGGUCUGAAAAGUUAUAAUUCAACUUAGUUCCCUUAUUCAAACGGUCCACGUUGCUCUUUUGGGCAGCCAUCUUGCACAUUUUAAAAUAUUACCAACUAGUUUUUUUAACAUCUUUAUUAAUCAAUAUCAAAAGAUAAACUUUUUGAUGUUUUCUGGAGUGGUUACCUCAAUUGGAUGUCCUGAACUUUCAGGACCUGGACUGAACCAGAAAUUCUUUUACAUAUAAAAAGCAAAAGUAUCGUUUGCAUUUUACAUUGGUGAUAAUUUUUCUGUAAAAUAAACAUUUUAAAAGAUAUCACAAUUCUUCGGAUCCAUGAUGAAAGUUAUUUGACAGGUUCAGUGUGCUCUAGCGUUAGUAGAAGUAGGUUAUAGAGACCGGUGCCAAGACAAGGCUGUGCGACAAGUCCAAGCAACAUUGUCAACAACUUGACACAAUCUGACAAUGUUGCCGCAACCGGACUAACGUAUUGUCAAAUGUCGGUAACGUUCACGACGUUAGUUUCAAUUCCGUUCCUAUGUUGGGUAGACUAUCCAGCGGUGCUUGUCUUCCACGAAAGUGCUUGUUGCGUGAACAAGCAGUGAGCUGGGUCUGUGCCUUAGUAUUACAAUAAAUAUUGAUAAAAAAAACAACUGUUAAAAGUAAACAACGUAGUCUAGUCAAAAAUUAUAUUAGCUUGCUCACGCCAGCUCAUCGGUAUAUUGCGGUUUAAAUAUAAAGUGAGUUGCACCAAUUGCCAGCUGCACUCUAAAAAACGGCAUUAUAAUUCACUUGAAUAUUAUAUAUUUAUAUACUUACUAUUGUAUGUAAGGUCAAAUUCGCCGAUCUUCACAUCUCAAAACUUAUCUUAUUUUCGCACUAUCUCUACUUCUAACACUGGCAUCAACUUAAUUUAACGAAAUCUAGUCAUAAAACACUGGUCAAUACAUUUAAUGUAGCAGGCUAAUUUAAAAAAUUUAAAUUUGCGAGUUGGGAAUCGUUAUGGGUCAAUUAUUAAUCUUUAAGUGGAGUAGAAGUAAUGGCACUUUGAGGAUCAUGCGCAGUAGCGCUAUUUUCAAAGUGCAAUCAUUUCUACUAAGUUGAUGUUAUUUUUGAAACCGGUUUAGUACCUACAGUUGACCGGUGUUAUACUGCACACUGACUUAGCACUUGCUUAACCUAACUGAAUCCUUAGUACUAUCUUCUGUCUGUAUACUACUAACUAAAGGAAAUAUACAGGGUGUAAGAUAACUGUUGAGAUGUUUGGGUCGUAAAUAUAUGAAAAAAAAAUAAAAUAAAAUCUACUGUGAUUGAGUACCUUUAAAGCAGUCACAUUUGGGCGUGGAGCCGGCUUACAGGUCAAAAUGUCGGUUCUUAGGUCAAAGCGCUCAUUUUGACUCCUUUAUUUUCUCAUUUCUAGUCACGUAAAACAGAGGCAGAGUGAUCCUGACUGAUGUACCUACUUCCUCCAAACCUCCUAUUAACAUAGUUAAAACGCUCUGCUGGACACUCUGCGUAUCGUUUAAGCCCCCUUACCUAAGCCCCAUGCCCUCCCAUCCCUGGUCCGAAAAAUUACAAGUUAAUAGAUUUUGACACGCCUAAAGACCUAUAUGGUUAAAUGAAACGUUAAAAAGUGCGGUGGCUCUAUGAAAACUCCGGAAUACAGGUCAAUUUUUGGAGUUGAGGUCUAUGUAGAGCCGUCGCCAUUUUUUGUAAGAUUACUAAAUUCUAAAUUAAUAUUAGAUGAUAAAGUGACAAUAAUUUAUAAUACUCUUUGUUUGUAUAUAGGUACUUAAUGAUUGUUUUGUUUUGUGUUGUGUAGUUUUUAAAGUUGUAUAAAAUAUUGUUUUGUACAAAAAGUGUAACUUAAGUGAUCCUUCUAGGACUAAGUAUUAUCCUUUAACUAAAUAGGACUUUUACACAUAUUUUCGAUUAUUGAUCUAUUAACUUGAAAUUUAUAAAACCACUCCCCAAGUUAAAAUUAUUAUACUGUAAAUAAAUAACAAAAAUCUUUGUUACUUACGCAUAUACUUAUAGAAUCGGGUGAUAUUUAUUCAGUGCCAUGAUAUUGUUGAUUAAAUUGUUGGACGUAUUUACGUCACUAGUAGUUAUCAUUAUUAUUAUUAUUAUUAUUAUUAUUAGGAAGCUUAACAAAAAGCAAAUGUACGAUUUUAAUUUUAAAAAUUAAAUCAGAG